AAUCCGGCGGUACGUGGGAUUUGGGCGGGAAGAGAGAGAGUCGGUUGAGGAAACACGGGAUUGGACGGAUGCUGUGACUCAGAUGAAGAGAUGAAUCCAAUUCACUUCACUUUACCUCAGCUGAACGCCGGACGGAGUCUCUGUUAGGCGACCGCGGAGAAAGAGGAAGAAUAUUAAGGAACAUUAUACUAUUUAACGAUGGCGUUCAUGGUAAAACACGUAGUCGGCGGUCAGCUGAAGAAUCUGACAGGAGGUCUGACAGAAGAGAAAUCUGACGGAGACAAAUCCGAAGCCGCCGCUAAAGGAAUGACCCAAGAAGAGUUUGAGCAGUACCAACAACAGCUAGAGGAGGAAAAGCAAGAGCGAGACACCAAUUUUGCCCAGAAGAAGGCGGAGAGGGCGACAGUCAGGUCUCACUUUAGAGACAAAUACAGGUUGCCAAAGAAUGAGCUGGAUGAGACUCAGAUCCAGGCGGCAGCAGACGACGUCGAGCUCCCCACUGAACUGGCCAAGAUGAUCGCCGAAGACAACCAGGAGGAGGAACAGAAGCAGUCUGUUCUGGGUCACCUGACCAACAUCCAGAACGUGGACAUGGGCCACCUGAAGGGCAAAGCUCAGGCCACGCUGGAGGAUCUGAAGAACUCGGCGGAGAAGUGCUGCGUCAUGUGAUCUCACUGCAUCUACACACCUGGAAGCGUUUCUUCUCUCCUCAUCCCUGUAUCUCCUCCACACACACUCACACACACACACACACACUCUCACACACACACACAAGCACACACUCACAC